AUGCAUCUGGUCCUCUGCUCUUGUCAGGGUUCCAGAGGACCUCCUGGAAGCAAAGCCAUGACGGAAUGCCAGCUGAUUACCUACAUCAGAGACAACUGUGCAUGUUCCCAAGGUGGAUCCCCGUGCCCGGCCUUCCCCACCGAGCUGGUCUUCGGUCUGGACAUGUCGGACGACGUGACGCCCGCAGCCUUCGAGAGACAGCGCUCCGCCCUCCUCUCCCUGCUGGACGGCAUCACCGUCUCAGAGAGCAACUGUCCGACGGGCGCCCGCGUCGCCGUGGUGGCGUACAGCGCCUACACCAAGUACAUGAUCCGCUUCCAGGACUACCAGCACAAGACCCGCCUGAUCGAGGCCGUGACGAACAUCGCCCUGGAGAGGACGUCCAACCGCCGCAACCUGGGGGCCGCCAUGCGCUUCGUGGGGCAGAAUAUCUUCAAGCGCGUCCGAGAGGGACUGUUGACGAGGAAGGUGGCGGUCUUCUUCUCUAACGGGCCUGCGCAGGAUGUUAACGACAUAGUCACCGCCACCAUGGAGUACCGCGGCCUCAACAUCGUCCCAGUGGUCAUCUCGCUGAAGAACGCUCCCGCUGUUAGUCGGGCGUUGGAGGCCGACGACUCGGGGAGCUCCAUCUUCACCGUGCUGGGGAGGGACAUGGCCGCCGACCUCAGGAAGGUCCACAACUGUGCCAUCUGCUACGACCCGUGCAGACGUGUGGAGCAGUGCACCUUCAUCCAGGAUCCGGUGCCGCCUCAGCAGGUGGACGUGGACCUGGCCCUGGUCCUGGACGGGUCCAGGGAGAUGCAGGCCGAUGAGUACGCCGGCGCCCAGCAGCUGCUGGGCUCUGUGGUGCAACAUCUGGCCGUGAGCCCGAACCCCCGCAGGGCCGACAGCCAGGCCCGGGUGGCCCUGGUCCAGAGCGGCACCCAGGCUACCAAGGUGGAGUUUGACCUGGGGACGUACCAGACCAGCACCCUGAUGCGGAGACACCUGAUGGGGAACGUGACCCAGCGGGGGGGCUCCUCGCGGCUGGGGAAGACGCUGGACUUCACCCUGAAGGAGGUGCUGAUGAAGGCCGGCCAGCCCCGGAGGAGGAGGGCGCUGCUGGCCGUGGUGGGCACCAAGACCGCCUCCGAGGACCAGGACCGGCUGGACUACAUCGCCCAGAAAGCCAAGUGUGACGGGGUGGCGGUGUUCGUGGUGACGGUGGGCGAGCGCUACGACCGGGCCCAGGUGGAGCAGCUGGCCGGUCGGCCCGUAAACCAGCACCUGGUCCACCUGGACCGGCUGAAGGCCGGAGAGCAGAGCUACGCCCAGCGCUUCUUCAGAGUCUUCCUCUCCGCCCUCAGCAAGGAGAUGAACGUGUAUCCUCCUCCGUCUUUCAAACGGACAUGUGACCAGCUGCAAGGCCAAGACGGAGGACAGAUAUUCAUAUCUGGUCAGGGGACGGCAUUGGUGGACGAGGAGGAGUUCGGGGAGGAGACGGAGACGUUUCAGGAGCAGACGAGGGGACAGACUCAGACCGGCCAGCUGGACGUCUUUGACUCCCUGACGAGAGGAGACGGACAGAUACAUGUCCCACAAUCUCAAGGUAGCCCACA